AUGGCAACUUACACACUUUCCACCAUCCACACAAAUCUUGUGGUGCUCCCGCAGACGCUGCCAAUGCUUUCACUACCUGUGUUCCUGUUCUUGCUCGGCCUUACGCAUGCCGCGCCACCACCGCCAUCUUUCGCUGUGAGCAAAGCAGUGCCUCAGAAAUGGCCACAGACGUGGGAGAUCAAGCUGUCUAUCUCUGCUAGCGAUGCCGACGAGGCUGUCACACGCGACGAAGCACAAUCACUGGCUAUCGAAACUUUCACGGUGCGCGUCACGGCGCAGAUGUUCGUGAGAUCGCUCGCGUUCGAUCCUGUGAUCAUCACGAGGCUGCGCAACGUGCGACCCAUGAUCAGAAGAGACACUUCGGUCAUAACACCAGACGCCAACUACGUUUGGUUCAGGCUUUUCAUGGACAUCGAAGGAGCGCCUGUACUGACACCUUGGGGCCCGCCACUGUUGAACUGUUGCAAACUGAGACUGCACAACAAUUUUGGAUUGCUUCUUCAAGAACUAACAUGCCGUCGAUUGAAAUUUUCUGCAAACGAGAUGCUGGUACAGUGCGCGAUGCCGAUUGGCCAGCCUGUCCCUCCAGCUACGUCCCCAUCGAAGCCCAAAAUCUACCGACUAUGCGACUUCGCGAGCACCGUUUCACGUCCCGUCACUGGUACGUUCUGGAAUGUCAGGAUUCAGCUGCACGCAGUUCAUCACGACGAGCGGACCCUUCGCUUCGUUCUCGCCUUUGCAACCAGACGACCCGAUUUGACGAUGACUGUCCACCUCGGAGAGCCGUAUCGUCUGGCUGACGAUAGAGUUGCACGCUUCAGCUAUACUAUCAAGUUUGAAGGAUUCAAUCAGCCUAUCUGA